AUGGAGACUAAUGGGAAGGUUGAGGUCUCUAAUCACGAGAUCAAGCAGAUUCUUGAGAAGGCGGUCAACCCAAAGCACAAAGACUGGUCGUCAAAGCUUGAUGAGGCAUUGUGGGCCUACCGCACAACAUUCAAAACGCCACUCGGAAUGUCCCCAUUCAAGCUAGUCUAUGGCAAGGUGUUCUAUUUUCCUAUGGAAUUGGAACACAAAGCAUUUUGGGCCAUCAAGAAACUAAAUAUGGAUGUGCAACUUGUUGGAGAAAGAAAAUUGUUGGAGUUGAAUGAAAUGGGUGAAUUUAGAGCUCAGGCAUUUGAAAAUGCCCGCUUUACAAGGAAAAAAUGA